AACACAUACGUCCUUAUCCUACACACUACUCAUCGAGGCAUUUUUAAGACACAACUUCCACAUUAUCUUUCCUUAUCUGAAGGAGUAUAAACCACAAAAUUACAGCAACACCACGAAUAUGGCUCAGCACACGUUCACUCUCAACAAUGGCGUCAAGAUGCCCGGCCUUGGCUUCGGCACCUUUGCUAGCGAGGGCGCCAAGGGUGAGAGCUACAGGGCCGUCCAGAAAGCUCUCGAGGUUGGCUACCGGCACCUGGACUGCGCCGCCUUCUACCAGAAUGAGGACGAGGUCGGCGAUGCCAUCCGGGACUACAUCAAGGAGAAUCCGGGUAAACUGAAGCGCGAGGACCUCUUCAUCUGCACCAAGGUCUGGAACCACCUGCACCAGCCCGAAGACGUGAAGUGGUCGUUGGAGGAGUCACUGCGCAAGCUCGGCCUCGAUUACGUCGACCUGUUCCUCGUCCACUGGCCCAUCGCCUCGGAGAGGACCGAGGACUACCAGCCAAAACUCGGCGCCGACGGCAAGUAUGUGAUCAACAAGGAGCUCACUGAGAACCCUGAGCCGACAUGGCGCGCCAUGGAGGAGAUCAACCAGUCCGGCAAGGCCCGCGCCAUCGGUGUCUCCAACUGGACCAUCGAUGGCCUGAAGAAGCUCUUCUCCUAUGCCAAGAUCAAGCCCACCGUCAAUCAGAUCGAAAUCCACCCUUUCCUCCCCAACGAGGAGCUGGUCAAGUUCUGUUUGGAGAACGGCGUCCUGCCCGAGGCCUACUCGCCCCUCGGCUCUCAGGACCAGGUGCCCAAUACCGGCGAGAAGGUGCGCACAAACAAGACACUGAACGAGGUGGCCGAUCGCAGCGGCCACACCCUCGCCCAGGUGCUACUGGCAUGGGGCCUGCGGAGGGGCUACGCCGUCCUGCCCAAGAGCUCCACGCCGAGCCGCAUCGAGAGCAACUUUCAUGUCCCAGAGCUGUCCAAUGACGACUUUGAGGCUGUGAACAGCGUGGCCAAGGGACGGCACACGCGCUUUGUGAACAUGAAGGACACUUUUGGCUACAACGUCUGGCCUGAGGAGUCUCUAGAGAACGGCACUGCUGUUGCUUGAUUGACUUAUUUUUUGUUUCCUUAAUUUUUACGAACCCAGUCUCUCACGGGCGAGACAGGGCGAUGGACACAUAUAUGAAGGCGCUAGAAGAAAAAGAUGGAGAUUCCCAUAUAUAUUUAGAUACCACAUCUGGGGACGAGAUCAUCAACUAUAAGCAGAGAUAGACUUGAUUUCUGAAAUGAAGCGGAUUCGUCUUUUCAGCCU